ACAGCUUCUGUACCGUGAAGUAGGAAUCACCACUAAAAUAUCUACGAAAACCUUGACGUGAGUUCCUUGGGAUAUUUGAAGUCGGAGGGCUCUAUCAAAAUGGCUUCAGACUCUCAGACUUCUUGCUCCAAAGGAAUAAUGACCUUCCGGCCCACCAUGGAAGAGUUUAAGAGCUUCAGUCGAUACAUUGCCUAUAUGGAGUCUCAAGGUGCACACAAAGCAGGCCUUGCCAAAAUUAUCCCGCCAAAAGAGUGGAAACCUCGACGGUCCUAUGACGACAUCGAUGACCUUUUGAUCCCUGCACCUAUCCAACAGGUUGUGACGGGCCAGUCUGGUCUGUUUACACAGUAUAACAUUCAGAAAAAGGCCAUGACUGUGAAGGAGUUCAGAAAGACUGCCAACAGCGAUAGGUACUGCAGCCCACGAUAUGACGAUUUUGAAGAGCUUGAGAGAAAGUACUGGAAGAAUGUGACCUUUAACCCUCCCAUCUAUGGAGCUGAUGUGAAUGGGACCCUGUAUGAUCCUGAUGUCACAGAGUGGAAUGUAGGUCGAUUGCAGACCAUCCUGGAUACAGUGGAAAAUGAGAGUGGGAUAACUAUAGAGGGAGUAAACACACCUUACCUGUACUUUGGCAUGUGGAAGACCACUUUUGCCUGGCACACUGAAGACAUGGAUCUCUACAGCAUAAAUUACCUGCAUUUUGGAGAGCCCAAGUCAUGGUACUGCGUACCCCCCGAGCAUGGAAAACGCUUAGAGCGCUUAGCCAAAGGUUUCUUCCCUGGAAGUUCCCAAAACUGUGAGGCUUUUCUUAGGCACAAGAUGACUCUCAUAUCUCCUUCCAUUCUGAGGAAAUAUGGUAUUCCAUUUGAGAAGAUCACUCAGGAAGCUGGUGAGUUCAUGGUUACCUUUCCCUACGGCUAUCAUGCUGGUUUCAACCAUGGUUUCAACUGUGCCGAAUCCACCAACUUUGCAACCAGGCGAUGGAUUGAAUACGGAAAACAAGCAAUACUGUGCUCAUGUAGGAAGGACAUGGUCAAAAUCUCUAUGGACGUGUUUGUGAAGAAGUACCAGCCUGAACGCUAUCACCUGUGGCUGGCAGGCAAAGACAAUGCACCCAUCGACCAUUCCAAGCCCACGCCAGAGGCUGCGGAGUUUCUUGGUGGCGAGGGAGUCUGUAGUGACCAGGAACCAUGUACAGACAAUCAGAGCUGUGAUGGUCAGAAAAAAAGCAUGUCCAAACAGAGGAUAGGAACAAAGAGGCAUCGAGUGUGUCUGGAGGUUCCAGAAGAAGUGCUGCCAAAAGAUGAAAUGGCUGAAUUGGAGAUUGAUUAUGGCAAGAAGGCCAGACUGACAUCUCAGGCAGACCACUGUACUCAAGACACAGAUGCACCGGAAACGACAGAUAAGAAUGCAGAGCACCCGCUGAACAGCCUGUCCGUGGUUAAAACUGCUUCGCAAGACACAGUCCAAACAAUUCCCACAACCGCCUCAAACCUGUCUGGAGUUUACCCACAGCCUGUCAGAAAAACCCACCUCUCCAUUGCAACAGUCCCCACCAACCCACACAGCCUGUCUGCAUUUCCAAGGCCUGUCUCCAAACCAGGUGUAGCCAGCUUGCUCUUCCACAGGACUCUGAGCCCCACAGAUGCCCUGCAGGUUCACAGCUAUGCAGCCAGGACGGCCCUCUCCCGGCCACGGCCUCCCAGCGCAGAGGUGACGAGAAGUCCAGAUGCAGAACCAGACAUCGGACCACACGAAGAGCAAGACAGCAAACCUGACCAACAGCCGAAAACUGAGAUGACGGAGCUAGACACAGACGAGCUGGAAACAGAAGGAGAGACAGAGAACCAGAGUAUGAAGAGCAAACGACAACCUCUCAGCAAACUGUCUCCUCUGCAUCCACUCCUCAAAGAGAGCUCCAGUGAUGAGGAAGUUCAGGAGCAGGAGGUAGACUGCCAGGAGACAGAGUCCUGGGCCAAGCCACUUAGUCAACUUUGGCAAUGCAAACCGCAUAACCUCAAGGCCGAGAGAGACUACAACAAGCGCAUGGGCCUGCAGCCCCCGUACUGUGCUGUGUGCAUGCUCUUCCAUACAUAUCAUCAGAGUGAGUUAAGCAGCAGUAACCAGAGCGAUCAUGCUAAUGCUACUGCUGCUAACGGAGAGAGGUUGAGGACCAAACCACUGAUCCCAGAGAUGUGCUUUAGCACUACCAGCAGCUCAGAGGGACACCUCUCCACCCCUCACCUGGAAGAAGACGGCACCAGCUUACUGAUCACCUGUUCACAAUGCUGUGUCCGGGUCCACGCCAGUUGCUAUGGAGUGUCACGAGAGGUCAAAUUAGAUGGGUGGAAGUGUGCGCGAUGCGAAGCUAAUGCUAUUACUCAGGAUUGCUGUUUAUGCUCUCUGAGAGGAGGAGCAGUACAGCGAGCCAACAAUGACAAGUGGGUGCAUGUGAUGUGUGCUGUGGCGGUUUUGGAGGCAAGGUUUGUGAACGUUGCAGCCCGCAGUCCAGUUGAUUUAGGCAGUAUACCUUUACAGAGGUUCAAACUGAAGUGUCACUUUUGCCGGAAGCGGAUGAAGAAAACAGCGGGUUGCUGUGUGCAGUGUUCUCAUGGACGCUGCUCCAGUUCCUUCCACGCAACCUGUGCCCAGGCCGCUGGCCUCUUAAUGCAUCCAGACGACUGGCCCUUUGUCGUCUUCUUCACGUGCUGGAGACACAAAGCCGCCACCCAAGCAGAGCGUAAAAAGACAAACAUGCGUGAGUUGGAAGAGGGACAGAAAGUGAUCUGCAAGCAUAAAAAUGGCCGUUACUAUCAGUGUGAGGUAGUGGAGCUGAUCAAGGCCACUUUCUAUGAGGUCAUCUUCGAUGACGGUUCGUUCAGUGACAACCUCUUCCCUGAGGAUAUUGUGAACAGGGACUGUGUCAAACUCGGUCCGCCACCAGAGGGAGAAGUGGUGCAGGUACGCUGGACGGACGGACUUCUGUACGGAGCCAAAUUUGUGGCGGCGCAUAUUAUCCCAAUGUACCAGGUUGAGUUUGAGGACGAGUCUCAACUCACAGUCAAGCGGGAUGAUGUGUACAGUUUGGAUGAAGAGUUGCCAAAGCGUGUUAAGGCAAGACUGUCUGUAGCAUCUGACAUGCGUUUCAAAGGUGUCUUUGUGGAGAAGGAAGUGAAGCAGGAUUCCAAACGACAGCGGGUGAUAAACUCCCGCUACAGGGAGGACUUCAUAGAGCCGGUCAUAUACAGAGCCAUAAUGGAGUAAUUACCACGCCCGCACUCUCAGCCCCCACCGUCCUCGGCGGCGCGUUCAGCACAUCCCGCUCUGACCUCUGGUUAAAGGGGAGACAGCAUCGACUAACUGAUAACAUAAGCCCGUGAACCCUUUUUUGGCUUAUUUUUGAAAAACAAAACAAACAAACAAAAAAAGGAACCGUAAACACACUGAAUGUGAGUCUGGCAGGGAAAAACAUACAGACAAGCUGUACCGGCUCUCCAGGUUUGGGGUUUUGUUUUGUUUUGUUUUUUUUUUGUCUUCUGUUUGUUUUAAAGUUUGGAUUUUCCAUUCUGUGAUGCAGGUCUCACUGAAGUGUUCUUAAUUUGAACUUUGAUGUCUUAGCAAAACUAAUGGAAACCAACAGUGAAACAAUAACUUGGGGGGGUGAAUAACCAAAUACUGUAUAUGAUUUGUUACUCCUUUUUUUAAUUCUCAAAUGUAGCACUGGAAACCUUACAAACACGUACAGUUUAUCAUCUUACCAUGCUAAGAGAGCCAUUUUAUUCAGAGCUUUGUGAAUGGGAAUGCAUCAGUCAUCUACAUAUGAGAUAAAAAGCUAUUGAAGACAUUUGACUAUUACUUGGGAAUACUUCUUUAUGAUUUUUUUUCUUUUUCUUUCUUUUUUUUAAAAUUUUUUUUUUUUGCUCUGCAAUACCUGAACAUAGAUAGCUUUUUGUAGUAUGAUGAGACAGAUUUCUGGUCUGGGAUCUGCUGUACAGAUAAGAUGUUGUUAAAACCCUAGCCUUACCCUCAGAGGGCCGUGUUCUCCUUGGUUGUGUUCAGUUCUGUCAUCAUCUGCAUGACCUUUGCAUUCGGUUUGGCUAAUUUAUACUUUUUUUCAGAGAUCAAGGGUUUUUGGGGG